CCGCCCGUCUAGAAGGAGGGAGGGCAGCCGGUGUCGACAUGCUGCUGGAGGAGGUUCGCGCCGGCAACCGGCUGAGCGGGGCCGCGGCCCGGGGAGACGUGCAGGAGGUGCGCCGCCUUCUGCAUCGAGAGCUGGUGCACCCGGACGCCCUGAACCGCUUCGGCAAGACGGCGCUGCAGGUCAUGAUGUUUGGCAGCCCCACCAUUGCCUUGGAGCUCCUGAAGCAAGGUGCUAGCCCCAAUGUCCAAGACGCCUCUGGCACCACUCCGGCCCAUGAUGCAGCCCGCACUGGAUUCCUCGACACCCUGAAAGUGUUGGUAGAGCAUGGCGCUGAUGUCAAUGCUCCUGAUGGCACUGGUGCACUCCCCAUCCAUCUGGCAGUGAGGGAGGGCCACACAGCUGUUGUCAACUUCCUGGCAGCAGAAUCUGAUCUACAUCACAGGGAUGCCAGGGGGCUCACACCCCUGGAUCUGGCUCAGAGGAGAGGGGCUCAGGAUCUCCUGGACAUACUGCAGGGGCAUACUGUGGCACCACUGUGACCUGGGGCCACUCACUGCCAGCAACAGGACCCAGCUGGGGUAUAUGUCAUAAGAGGAGGGGAGAAACAUUUUGUCUCCUCGCUCCUCCUGCUGGCUGUCGAAGGGGAGGGGCACCAGUUUGUGGCUUGUUGGUGUUGAUUUCUGGGAUGUGUGUGUGUGUUUGAGGCUCAUUUCUCAUUUGUUUUUCUCACCCCUUUUGGUGUGUUAGUCAGAGAAGGGCUCCUGUAGGCAACAGCCACCUAAACGGUUCGGUUUCCUCCACGCCCCAGGGUGCUGGGGCUACAGAUGGUGCCAAGGGCAGAGUGUUCAAAGACUCAGUUCCAGAGUGAGGUCAUGGCUUCCAGGGCUCCUGGAACCUGGUGACCUUGACCAGCUGGCUGUACCCAGAGAAACCUCAAGUAUGCGCACUGCUUAGAGCUGGGGGGAAGAGGGGAGCUGAGGGGAGUGUUCCAAAACUAUAGAUGGAUAGUAUGAGUUCGUUCAUAUUUUGUUGGAAGCUUGCUUCCCAGUCUCUUGUACAGCGUUAAAAGACUUCUAUUUAUUAAGCUUUAUGGAAAAAGUCGUUGUGUGAUUAUUUAACGUUUUUACCCAUUAAAUUAAGAUUUGUGCAUGAUCACAGCGCGGGUGUCUUCUGAUUUUUGAGUCUGCAAUGGCUCGCGUCAAGGGUAUUUGUGGGGGGUCGGCAAGGCAGUCG